UAUCGAUAAAUUUCAUGCAAAAUAACAAAUGAUUGUGUUGUUGCAGCCCAGCCCGCAGAUUGAGAAAUUCCUGCUAUGAGAACAGGAAAAUCGGCGAGAUCCCGAUUCCCAAAUUCAACGUAGCCCGCCCCGACAACAAAAAACGAAUAAUGGCCAAGUUGAAGAAACUGCAUAUGAGCUCCAACCUUGAUGACCUGGAGAAGAUGUCCAUCAUUCCGGAUCUGCGCAGCAAGGGCAUGAAAAUCCUACUGAACACCGCCCGCAAACUGUACAUGACCGCCGAGGAGUACAGACUGGAUGGCGACGAGGAACUGGCCUACAUCACCUACAUGAAGUACUUCAAUAUGCUGACCGCAAUUCACAAAAAAUCCGAUUACCCCAGCCACAAGACGACGGUGCGCCAGAUGCUGGGCGACACCGAGUCGAAUCGCCGCAUUAUGGACACGCUGGAGGAGAUUAUCAACUCUCUGCGGCAUCGUUAUGCUCAGCAGCACCAAGCGCCGGAACCAAUUGCUCCCGACCUGGUUAGCAAUGGGCGUGCGGGUGUGGACUCGCCGAUAACACAGCCAACGCAGUACGCCCGACUUGGGCUGAUAACCUGUCAGGAUCUGUAUCGGCGCAUGCAGGAGAAAUCGGUCCUAGUUAUGGACUGUCGCCCAAGCGCCGACUACGAGGCCUCCCACCUCACGUACUACUGUGCAUUUAAUGUGCCCGAGGAGUUGAUAACGCCAGGAAUGUCGGCUGGCAGAUUGCAGGCUCGUCUUAGCAGCAGCGCCAAGGCGUCGUGGGCAUCGCGUUCCGUCAAGGAUUCGGUGGUUCUUAUGGACUGGAACACCAAAGAUGCCCAACCGGCGACCAACACAGCCAUUUCAACCCUUCUGGACAUCCUGAAGAACUGGGAUCCGGAUGUGACGUAUCGCGCACCCAUUCAAAUUGUCGAGGGCGGUUAUGAGUACUUCAUUAUGAUGUACCCGACCCAUUGCACUAAUCCCAGUGUGCAGGCGCCGCAGCAGAACAACAACGACAUUGAGACCAUCGAUGAUAUCGAGUAUCCCUCAAUCCACGACAUCACCAUGAAGGAGGAUAUUAGUGCGAAGGACUUCAGACCGCGUCCAGACUUCAAUCGGGCCAACAAGCCAGCGGCCACUCGCGUUAAUGAACAGGGAAUUUCCCGUCCUUCUCCGCCGGCUAAGCCCAUUGCUGAGAUCAUGCGUGAUCAGGCCGAGUUUUUGCAGCGCGCAGAGCAGAACGAUGAGCAGUUGGAGAAGGCCUCAAAAAUGUGGAAGCGUCAAGCAGCAGAGGGCGAUGGUUUGAAUGCUACCGAGGACCAGGAGUUGCACUUCAGGAUCCUACAGUUGGAGAGCAAGGCCCAGGACUAUAUCGUGGAAAACAAUCGUCUGCGAGAAGAACUAAGUCGCAUACAAGAGCUACACAAUGUUACGCAGCAGUUGUCGCAAAAGGAGGUCGAGGCAACGAGGAAUAUAGAAUCCAAGAUCCGCGAACGACAGCGCUUGGACGAGCAGCAUGAACUUGAACGUCAAGAGCGGGAGCGCCUUUUGGCGAUCGCUCGCGAGACAAAAAAGCAUUACAAGUCACCAACACCUUCGGGCCCGCCUUCGCCGGGCAGGAACUUGGAGGACGUACAUGUCGUGUCAGACAGCCUGGAAUCCCUGCUCCAGUUGACUGGCGAUCCGGAUCCGACAAUUGCGCCAAACAAGGCGGAAAUACCAACAUUCGAUCGGGCGAUGAAACCGCAGCCGAGGAAUGUGGAGAGGACAUCGCAACGCGUUCGUGAUUUCUCGCCUGUCAUUGGUCAGAAUGUGGGUCGUGGACUGACUGGACUGAAGAAUCUGGGCAACACCUGCUAUAUGAACAGCAUACUGCAGUGCCUGAGCAACACGCCUCAGUUGACCGAGUACUGCAUUUCGGACAAAUACAAGAAUUACAUCAGCAGAAGCAACAAGACUAAUGGCCAGGUGAUCGAAGAGGUGGCUGCACUCAUCAAGGAGCUCUGGAAUGGACAGUACAAGUGUGUGGCCAGCCGAGAUUUGAGGUACGUUGUGGGCCAGUACCAGAAGAUCUUCCGCGGCGUUGACCAGCAGGACUCACACGAAUUCCUCACCAUCCUGAUGGACUGGCUGCACUCGGAUCUCCAGACCCUACAUGUGCCCCGUCAGCGGGAGAUGAUCAGUGCGUCGGAAAAGGCUUGGCUGGAAUUUACCAAGGCGAAGGAGAGCAUGAUUCUGCAUUUAUUCUAUGGCCAAAUGAAGAGCACUGUGAAAUGUGUGGCCUGCCACAAGGAGUCCGCCACGUACGAGAGUUUUUCUAAUCUCAGCCUGGAGCUGCCGCCAAACUCGAAUGUAUGUCAGCUGAACCAGUGCAUGGACAUGUACUUCAGUGGAGAAAGGAUCCAUGGCUGGAAUUGUCCUAGUUGUAAAACGAAAAGAGAUGCCAUCAAGAAGCUGGAUAUAUCGAAGCUGCCACCUGUGCUGGUGGUGCAUCUUAAGCGCUUCUAUGCGGAUCCCAGUAACUCUGGCUCGUACAUGAAGAAGCAGAACUACUUGCGCUUCCCGCUCGAGAACUUGGACAUGAAUCCCUACAUAGCACGGGCGGAAUCGCGGGCGGUAACACCUAAGACCUACCAGCUGUACGCCGUAUCCAAUCACUACGGCACCAUGGAAGGCGGGCACUACACGGCAUUUUGCAAGAGCGCCAACUACGGAAAAUGGUUCAAGUUCGACGAUCAGGUCGUCUCGGCGUUGGACUCCUCUAACGUGGUUUCUAGCGCUGCAUACAUUCUUUUCUACACCUGGCUGCCACCCAUGCAGGUGCCUCUGUAGACGCUUCGCUCGGUUUCCUUUCGGUUUUUACCCCUUUCGUUUUAAUUGUUUUUUGUUUUUCUCUCAUAUUAUAGCUUUUAAGGUCUAGUCGCCACACCCUUUUAUCAUUUACAAAUUACCGCUUAACUGUUAACUGCUAUUUAAGAGGAUAAUCGCUUGUUUGUUGUUGUCUAGGCUCUUAGAACAGUAUUACGCGUGGGCGUAUUUUCAAUGGGUGCAGGCUGCAUUCACUAAAACCAAGAACUUCAAGUGCAUUACCAGUGUAACAAAGAGAAGCCCGCAUAUACGCCUGUGUAUGCGGGACUAUAGUUUAUUGUAUUUUGCAAAUAUAUUUUAAAACCAAAUAAACGAAAUUCAAUUUCUG